ACCUCAAGAUCCUGCCGCUUCUCUUGCUCCGCCUCCAACCGACUCACCAGCUCGUCCAGAUACUCAUCUGCCCGCUGAUUGUAUUCGGAAGUCGUGAUGUCGGUCGGGGCGGUGAUGCGCUCUGACGGCUCGCUUUCCUUGGGGGCUGGGUUCUCCGCGUCGGGCAUGAUGCCAGAGAAGCGCACUGAGGCGUGAAAUGCUCGGAAAGCCGCUCUUGGAGCGACACUUGGCCGUGACACACCUCGGCCUCUAGAGGUGAAGCGUGCCGGAUUGGCGACGGCGCGGAAUGGCCGGCGGAGGGUCGCAUUGCCCAGGCGAGUGAGUGGCUUCAUUGUUCCCGCUGCGGUGGUGGAAAUGGCGGAUGCGAUGGGGAAAGGUCUAUGACGGGGAAGCGCUCGGGACGUGAUGGCACCCUUGAGGCUUGGAUUGAGGAGCUUGCGCUUGGGCCACUCAAAGCCCCCCCCCCUCCCCGCUAUUCACCCUCACCGUGCAUGCAUGGGGUGUUGUGGGCCACGGCAGCUGCAACAACACCACACUACCAUGAUCAACGCUGUGCUUGUCUUCAACAACGCCGGGCAGCCGCGCCUCACAAAGUUCUACACCCAGCUAGAUACCAGUGUGCAGCAGCGGCUGAUAUCCGAGAUCUUCACCCUCGUCGCCAACCGCCCCAAUUCCUCAUGCAACUUCCUUCCCCUACCCCCCCUCCUGGCCAGCAGCAGCAAGUCUUCCACCCCGACCACCCCCCACAACGACACUCCGUCGCUCGUCACAUACCGCCACUAUGCCACGCUGUACUUCAUCAUAAUCUCAACCUCGACCGAAUCGCCGCUCGCCCUGCUGGACCUGAUCCAAGUCUUCGUCGAAGCUCUGGACCGUCUAUUUGAGAAUGUAUGUGAGUUGGACCUCAUCUUCAACUUCGAGACACUACACGCCACCCUCGGCGAGCUGAUCGUCGGCGGGGUCGUCAUCGAGACGCAAUUGGAUAAAGUAGUCGAGGGAGUCAAGGCACAGGGCAAGGUUGCGAAGCGUCCGGUCAACGAAGGCAAGGGAGCAUUGAGCCUAGCUGGGUUUGGAAGAGGAGAUGGGGUGUGGGCAGGACGGUGAGGGCAUCGCGGUGAGGACAUCGCGGUGAUCGUGGACAAUGUCUGGGAUCAGUAGCCCAGCUAGGCUCUCACACCUGGAAGAAGCCUUGGAUUCGACUUGUCCCUCGCUGAGGUCUGAGCCGAACGCUCUCAAAGGGUGGCUUCGAUGGGGACUUGAAGGGCUUUGCAGACAUCGAAGACGAAAAAGCACGGGCCUAAGAUCCCCGGCUUCCCUCGAGAGAAGUCCUUCAAACAAGGAUAUCUUCUUUGAUAUUUCAUGCUCUAUUACACCUGUCACACGCAUCCUGUGCUAGGACGAGACGAUGUACCUUUCGCUACAGUUAUCGUCAAUGGAGAGGCGCUACUAGACCGCUUUUGACCAUGCUUCGGAUUUUAAGCCAAUCAUCUGCUUCCGGUCCGCCUCGCCGAGCAUUUACCCAGCCCUUUACGCAGCUCCUCCGCGAUCAGAAAAAUCUCUGUGAAAGACGGC